AUGGAUAACGACAUCUGGCGGCACAGCUCAAUAAGUGACUGUGAGCAGUUUGUUCUCAAGGCAACGGAGGGAGAAUCAGCUUCACGGUGGUGGUUUUCUUCAUCGAAGUCGCUGUCUGAUCCGUGGGUGCAAAUUGUAAUAGGCGCCUUAUGCGUUACAUUUUCGAGAGGAAUUCUGAAUGCGCUGAAUGCAUGUGGCGCUUACGGGACAGGAGAUGUCCAGGCGGCAACCAUAGUCAACUUAGGUAGUUCGAUUUCGUUUGCGUUAAUAGGAUGGGCUACUGGGGCAGUUGUGAACGUUGCUGGGUUCCGGUUGGCUUGCUUGAUGGGCACGACUACAACAACGGUCUUUUUGGUCCUGAUAAUGGGUCGGAGUCUUCUUCACGUGGUGCCGCUCGGAGCGAUUUGGGCGAUUGGACUAGUUGACGGAAUCGGAUCAGGGGUACUUUGGACUUCAGUUUCAACGAUAACGAUAAUGUAUCCUCCCGAGAAUAAGAAGGGCUACGCCAACACAAUUCUGUUUGGCGUCUUCUCCACAGGUGCAGCCCUCGGAGGGCUGCUAGCGUUUUCACUCAAUAUUCGCAAUGUUGAACACGUCUCAAACCAAGUGGUUCUUCCCACGAACCAAGUGGUAGUGCCGAGUACGGACGACAACCUUCCGAACUCCGCGGGACCGGCGUCGCUGGGCAUUUCGGUGAAGGGGUACUAUUUCAUGAUAGCCCUUACUUUUGUCGGAGUGUUUCUUGCGACCCUGAUAAAGCCGUACAGGCCGACUCAGCUAUCAGCCGCGAUCCAGGACAGAAGCCCUCUGGACUCCGAAAAUAUGUUAAGCGCCCACUCUUUUCCCGCCAACUCCCUUUCCGGAUUCUUCCCCGGUUGCGCGCCCAGUGGGAUCUCGCAGCCUACAUCGCAGACGCCCUCCCCAAUGAAGAAAGAACCUUCCAGUGCUCCCGCUGCCAAGGCCCGCGCUCAUGAAACGAGCACAGCCGCCGCUCCCCCAACCGGUGCGGUUUUUGACGACUCUCUGUUCUCGUUUCCAGUUACACCCGGCACUUCAUUUUCGGUCCCACCGGGCAAAGUGGAUGUGCGGCAAGACCUGCGGGCGCUGUGGGAGGCAACGCAGGAACGCAGCAUGCAGCUGUUGCUGGUAUUUGCUUUCGCCUCACUCUUCCACCAGACCUACUUGUUCAACGGCCUGAACUACGGGCUGUUCAAUGUACGCACUCGAGGUCUCAACUGCUUCAUGUACUGGCUAGGGCGCAUUCCCGCGGGCGUCAUUCACGGACACGUGGUCGAUGACUUUCGCUUCAGUGUCCGCCAUCGCGCCUGGAAUGCCUGCAGCCUCCUACUCUUCUACGUCGCUCUCGGCCAGGCACUAGUGGUUACCUUCUACCUCACCAUGCCACCCGGCACAUUCGACGUAGCUGGCGACCCCACUUACGCCGCUCUAGCCUUCGCCACCUUCUUCCUUUACGGCGGCCUCGACACCGUCUCACAGUCGCUCGCCCUGUGGCUCUUCUCGGUACUCGGACGAAACCACCCCCAUAAAGUCCCUCACUACGUCGCCGUGUAUCGCUCCGUCCAAGGCUUCGGAGUCGCCAUGGCCUGGCUACUCGACCUCAACCGCCUCAUCCCCUACUCCUGGCAGUUCUCCAUCAGCCUGUUCUUCUGGGUCGUUGCCUUUCCAGGACUCGCCACGGUCCUCCGACGCCUCCCCAACGACGAUGUGAGCCUCUGCCUCCGUGCUUCAGCCCCCCUCUUGUUUCCGUCCCUCUUGUUUCCUAUCCGCCCCGAUUCCGAUCCCUUUUUCCCUCGACCUCGGCCUCUUCGACCGACCUCCACCUUUCGUCCUCACGGCCAUGCCUUAUUAGUGUUCUAUGGUUAUGGGUCCCUCGUCCAUGAUGUCGUGCAGCAGUGCGUGUUGGAAGCCGGCCAGCCACAAAAGCGUUAG